CAUCCUGAGUGCGCAGGCGCUAUAGCGCGAACACCGGUGGGGGGAGCGGCGCCCCCCCACGUGCUGCUCCGGGGGAGGCUCGUGCUGGUGGCUGGGCCGGGCGCUCAAGGUCAGGAGGGCCCGAGGCCCCGGACCAUGUCGGCGCCGUCCAUGGAGGAGCGGCAGGCGUGCUGGGGCGCCCGGGACCAGUACUGGAAGUGCCUGGACGAGCACGCGGAGGACGCCGCCGAGUGUCGCCAGAUCCGGCUGACCUUCGAGGCCCGCUGCCCGCAGCAGUGGGUUAAAUAUUUUGACAAGAGAAGAGACUAUUUAAAAUACAAAGAACAGCUUCAAGAAGGACAAUAUCUACCUCCAAAGAAAACUGAAGAGACAGCUACUCACACUUAAGAAACAUAACCAAUGAGAAAAUAACCUCAUGGAAGAGAAAAGCACUGGAAUGGGACAGAAGCUGCUUGAGUGGUGAUCUAAGCUAUCCCUGAAAAUUCAGGCUGCUUUCCUAGAUGCAGUGUCUCACUUAUGCAAAACAGGGGAGGGGGUACAUGUCAUAAAAAUUGGUAUGUAGCUGUUUGUAUUUCCAAAUGUAAAACAAAAAAAAGUUCUUCCUGUGUAAACAUGA